AUGUCAUCCCAGCCAGUUGAAUUGAAGAAGAAGCCAAUUUCAUUCUCCAACAUUUUGUUGGGAGCCGGUUUGAAUAUGUGUGAAGUGACUACUUUAGGUCAGCCAUUAGAAGUGGUCAAGACCACUAUGGCAGCUAAUAGACAAUUCACGUUUUUCCAAGCCAUUAAUCACAUUUGGUCUCGUGGUGGUGUAUUUGGGUUCUACCAAGGGUUGAUUCCAUGGGCAUGGAUUGAAGCAUCUACUAAGGGUGCUGUGCUAUUGUUCGUAUCUGCAGAAGCUGAAUAUCACUUUAAGAAAUUGGGAUUGAACAAUUUCGGUGCUGGUAUCAUGGGUGGUGUUUCUGGUGGUGUAGCACAAGCAUAUUUGACAAUGGGUUUCUGUACUUGUAUGAAGACUGUUGAAAUUACCAAGCACAAGAGUGCUGCUGCAGGUGCUAAGCAAUCAUCUUGGGCUGCCUUCAAGGAAAUUUACAACAAGGAAGGUAUCAGGGGUAUUAACAAGGGUGUCAAUGCUGUUGCCAUCAGACAAAUGACCAACUGGGGUUCUCGUUUCGGUUUCUCUAGAUUGGUCGAAGAAGGUUUGAGAAAAUUCACUGGUAAGACUAAUCCAGAUGAUAAAUUAACUGCAUUGGAAAAGAUCUUCGCUUCCGCCAUCGGUGGUGGUUUGUCUGCUUGGAACCAACCUAUCGAAGUUAUCAGAGUUGAGAUGCAAUCUAAGACCAAUGAUCCAAACAGGCCAAAGGAUUUAACUGUGGGCAAAGCCUUCAGAUACAUUUACCAAUCUAACGGUGUUAAGGGUCUAUACCGUGGGGUCACUCCAAGAAUUGGUUUAGGUAUCUGGCAAACCGUGUUUAUGGUUGGUUGUGGUGACAUUGCAAGAGAAUUUGUCGGCAAGUUGACCGGUGAAACUCCAGUUGCUAAGCAUUAA